UAUCAUGUGGACUCAGACUGUUGUGCCGCUUCCGUCUUCAGCCAACCCACCGACAGUAUCGUAUCCACCAAAGAUGUAUUCGGGUCCCUGAAAGAUUCCGCUUCGUCCUGGAGUCUCGACAACGCCAGCACGGAGGCUUCGAUCAUCCUCAGUGCCGUCCUCAACACAGGCCUCAACGUGACGUGCAACGACAGCUUCGUCCGCUGCGUCGUCGGCGCUGGCAACGUCACUGACAAUGGCGACGGGUACAACGAUACCCAGCCGACGUCAGACCUGCCACUGCCGCGCCCGGCGCUGGAGGUGGUGAUGAUCUCCAUCGUGGUGGUCGUGCUGUCCAUUUUAACCGCAGGUGGAAACCUGCUGGUCAUUGUGGCCUUCCGUAUGGACAAGGCCCUGCAGACGGUCAGCAACUACUUCCUGUUGAGUCUUGCCGUGGCGGACCUCACCAUCGGGGUGGUCUCCAUGCCGCUGUACACAUUGUACCUGCUGAUGCGCUACUGGCCGCUUGGAGCGCUGCUGUGUGACAUCUGGUUGGCGUUGGACUACACCAUGAGCAACGCCUCCGUUGCCAACCUCAUUAUCAUCAGCGUCGACCGCUAUUUGAGUAUCACGAGACCUCUGACCUACCGUGCAAAGAGGACGCCCAGGAGAGCGGGGACCAUGAUCUACGGCUGGAUCAUCUCCGUUCUGCUUUGGACACCGUGGAUCUUCGCCUGGCCCUACAUCGAGGGCCAGCGCAAUGUCCCAGACACUGAGUGCUACAUCCAGUUUCUCAAAACUAACCGAUACAUGUCCAUUUUCACGGCGACGGCCGCUUUCUACAUCCCCGUCUCCAUCAUGUUUGGCAUCUACCACCGCAUUUACCGCGAGACCCGCAAACGCCAGAAGGACCUGCCCAAGCUGCAGGGUAUGAAGCAGGACAAGAAGCAGGACGGCAGCAAGAAGUCGCACUUGCCUUCCAGCGACGACGAGGGCGUGUCCAGCCUGAGCGAGAAGCACAGCCAAUCCUCGCCAGAGCUGGACGAUCUUGAAGCCUUCCAGGCCAUGGGCCGGUCCACAUCCUUCAAGAACCGCCUGCUGUCGUGCCUGAAGAUCGACCGCGACUCCGACUACAUCGAGGAGUCCAGCACCAGCGACCCUCCGGCCUCGCCCUCAGCAAACAAGACAGUGUCGCUGUCCGCCGACUCCCCCGUACCCAGGGCCAACGGGCCUACCGUCUUCAGGCAGCAUCAGUUCACCGGGCACCAGGUUUCUGUGCGGAAGCCGCUGAGUGUGUCCAUGAACUGCAGUUCGUCUUUGAUCCCCCUCUUGCCCGUGGACUCGCCCCACGCCUCACCGACCUUUCCUCCUAUUACCCCGGAUUCAGUGUUAACUACGUCUUUUUCACGUCACAGCCACGUAUCGGCCAUCACGCCUCUCCUCGAGUCGGAGAGGGAGAAAGACGUGAGAAGCGAAGAGGAGGAGGAAGAAGAAGAGACCGUGGUGAAUGAAAGGGUUGGCGAUGAGGAAAAUGAAGCUGACAGCGAAGACGAGGAAGAAGAUGACGAGAGCGAUGAAGGUACCUCGAGGAAACUCGAGAAGUGCCAGAGAAAAGAGACGAUGUACACCGUUGUGAUACAGCUGCCCGCUGCAGCUGCCAGCUCUUUCGACGAGGACGACGACGUUGAGGAAGAAGAGAGGGAGGAAGUCGCGCACAGAACGAACGAGACGGAGGACAGGUUCAAACCCUCCAUCCGGCUCACUCCGGACAGCGACGGAGACAGCUUCGCCGGCAUCAACCCUGAGCUGCUUCAAAAGGACGGCGACAGCGACGACAGCCUGCCCAUGGUUAGACCCCUCCACCAGCAGCGGCGACCUGCCCAGGAGGAGCUGCGGCACCUCGGACGCAGCCGCAGCGACGAUGACGUCGACCCCUCCGACGACGGCUCCAACGCCUCAGAGCCCGAGCACCCACGAGCACCACCACCGCCUGUGCGACCCCCUACCGGCACCCCGGCGCUGGCCCGCCGCGCCCACAGCAACGACCUGCAGAAGGCAGCCAUGCAGGCCAAGAUGGCGGCCAAGGUGGCCGUGCGCGUGCGGCGCCAGCGCGCGAGGUCGAAGGUCGCGUUGCGGCGCCAGGAGCGGCGUCAGGACCAGAAGGCGGCCAAGACGCUGACCGCCAUCUUGCUGGCCUUCCUGAUCACGUGGACGCCCUACAACAUCUUUACGCUGGUAGAGACUUUCUGCUCCGGCUGCAUUAACGACACGUUAUACGCUAUAGGCUACUGGCUGUGCUACAUCAACAGCACCAUCAACCCCUUGUGCUACGCCCUGUGCAACGUCAACUUCCGGCGGGCCUUCGUGCGCAUCCUGACAUGUCGCUGCGUCCAGCGCCGCGCGUCCGUGCAGCGCAUGGUCAUCCCCGCCAUGCAGGUGUCCAGCCUCAUUCCUAGAUGACGUCACACCUAGCCUGUGUCACUGGUUUUUCCCAUGAGCCCCAUGUAAAUGACACGAUCGUUUUAUUUUAAACCGUAUU